AAAGCAGAUAUUUUUGCCUCAAUCUCGGGUACCUCAGGCUGUUCGGACGAGUCGGACAGCCUGUCGGACGGGGCGACUUUUACAGGUCCUGGUCCCGUCCGGGUGGGCCUGUUGUUGAACCAGAUCCCGAGCUCCAGCCGGACGGCUGCAAGUUCUUUUCCAGGACCCGUUGAGGUGCAGCUUUGUGUUGUUGUUCUGUGGCUGGUAUGGCUGACUCACCGACGAGUGUUCUGGGCAUGA